UUACAGGCAGGAGUAGCAGCUGGAACCUGCAAUGGUGAGCAGCCGGGACCCUUUCUUCCGCACGGUGCUGAGCCAGGAGAUCCUCUCUGUCCUGGACUCCAGCCUCGCUGUCCCCUCCGAUGAGAAGCUCCGCUUGUCCCGCCAGGAUGACAAGAACUUCCGAAUCCGGCAGCAGGUCAGCCUCAGCAUGUCCCGCAAGAACAGGAGGGCAUCCACAGAUCGGGUGCAGCGGACACUCAGUGCCCCUGACUACAUUAGCUCCGUGGCAAUCCCUGCGUUUGGAUAUCCGACACUGCCACUUCCAGGGCCUCGAUACAAUUACACGGAGACCCUGAAACCAACAGGUCACAGAAUUAAUCAAAGAUUGGUGAUUGGAGCUGCCCAGUUUUCCUCAGGAACUGGCCGAUUCUUGUCCCAAGGACAGCAGAGCCAGACCAUUAAACCAACAAAGCGGAUAGAGAUAUCACCUGACAAUAGCCCGGUUAUGUCCCGCAAUUGCCCACGGAUGGAAUCGAGAUUUUUGAGAAAGGGGACAGUGGCAAGAGAUCCCACCUUGUCCUACAGUCGGCGUUUCAUCCAUGCUGAGAAGAACCAGGGCAAUCGACUGAACACCAUGAGGCCCACUAUGCACCGCAACACAAGACACACACAGACGGAAUUCAUUUUGCCCGUUCCCCGGCCAGUUCUUGUCAGCAGGGCUCCUUCUCAAAGUUUGCAGAAGCAGGUGGUCACGGUGAGCAGAGAGUCCCAAACCUACGGGAGUGUUCACGACGAGAGUGCUCCUGUCAGCCCCGUCGUAAAUUUUCAUCCAGGCCUCAGUCAAAGCAUGUCGAGGAUAUACGACAGGAGCCAAGCUUGGGCCCUGGAUCAUCAUGCAGGGAGAGUUGCUUCCAGUUACCAUGGUGAAUCGUACAAGAGGCAGGCCCAGAGAGGAGACAGAUACAACUGGACCCAAACAUCUCACCAGACUGACAUUUUUACAACCAACAAAGCAGGGUUAAUGCCAGUGGAAAGUCUGAGCAUGGAAGCCCUGGACAAAGCCCAGAUCCAGGCCGAGGCCCAAGUCCAGAUCCAGGCCGAGGCCCAAGCCCAGCCUCAGUUUCUACCUCAAGCUCAAGCCCAAAUCAGUUACCAGACAUCAGGUUACGAAGGAAACUAUGAAAUGCAGGGAGAAUAUGUAAACCCUACCGAAAGCAGUGUAAGCGGAGAUGACAGUGGUGACUGGACUAUUGAAACUGCAGUCUCUGCCCUGACACACGAUAACAUGGAUUAUGUACUAUAUGGGGCUAAUUUCAUCCAACAUGAGUGUUACCAAAGACCUGAUGCAAAGAAAGAGCUUUAUGCUUUGGACGGCAUUGGGAAGCUGAUUGCAUUGCUGAGCAACGAGAAUGUCGAGAUCCAGGCUGCAGCCUGUGGUGCGAUCCGCAAUGGGGUGUUUGAGGAGAACGACAGCAAACUAGAAGUGCAGAAACAUAACGGAGUCCAGGAGCUGGUGCGGCUGCUGGAGCAAACCAGGCACAUUGAGACAAAGAAGCAAGUCACCGGUUUACUGUGGAACUUGUCUUCCAAUGAAUAUCUAAAGGCAGACCUGAUCAAGGGAACUUUAAAACCCUUGACAACAUCAAUUAUCAUCCCAUUUUCGGGCUGGCCAGAUGGAGAUGUCAAGAAUUUUGAUGUCAACCCUGAUAUCUUCUACAAUGCCACUGGAUGCUUGAGAAACUUGAGUUCAGCUAGUCCAGAGGGCCGAAAGCAAAUGAGAGAAUGUGAGGGGCUGAUUGAUUCCCUUGUCCACUUCAUUCAGUUCACGAUUGCCAAUAAUCAAGAGGAUGAUAAGUCAACAGAGAACUGCAUGUGCAUCUUACAUAACCUAUCUUUCCAACUGGAGACUGAGCUGCCAAGUGCCUACUCUGACACCCUGGCCUGGAAAAAUGCUACUUCAUCACAGAAGAAAUCAGGAGGGUGUUUUGGAGCUCGGAGUUCACGGCUGAAGGAGGAGGGCAUGGCCAAUAUUCCUUCUUUGGAAGAGAAGAGGAAUCCCAAGGGUAUUGAGUGGCUUUGGCACAGUUUGGUGGUGAGGGUGUACCUUUCUCUCGUUGCGAGGAGUACCAGGAACUGCACCCAGGAAGCUUCUCUGGGGGCUCUCCAAAACCUCACAGCCAGCAAUGGACCGAUGGGAUUCACCAUUUCUGAGAUUAUCACAUCGAAAGAGAACGGGCUUCAGCACAUCAGGCGGAUGCUGUACUCGAAGGAGCUGAGCGUACAGAAAGCUGCAGUCUCUUUAUUGAGAAACAUGUCGCGAAACCCAAAAGUCCAUGAGGAACUCACCAGUCUGAUCAUGCCCGACCUGAUAUCAAUUCUCCCAGAAUCAGACACAGACUCUUCAAUGCCUGAUGAGACACUCUCUUUUAUCUGCCAUGUGCUGAACAACCUUGUUCAGAAUAACCCGCAAAAUAUUCGCAACUUCGUGCUGAGUGGAGGCUUGAACAAAGUCGUAAGCAUUAGCAAUGCUGACCGUAAUAUUACCACCCCAGCCGGAAAAGCUGCCUCCAAUCUGCUGUACAGCCUGUGGUUACAUCGGGAGCUUCAUGGUACCUACAAAAAGGCUGGAUUCACAAAGUCAGAUUUCAUCAAUAACCGCACAACAAAGGCCUAUCAUGCAUCUCGCGAACGGAAGUCAUUUUACUGAGGCUGGAUACAGACACAGCGAUGACAGCCUGUUUCCAUGAGGAAGUGGAAGGGAGAAACAGUUUCUUUUUGCGGUGGUCCCACAUUUCCUCCGUUGGGUUAUCCUGGCAGUGAACUGAGUGAUACAGGUCAGGGUGUUACUGAGUUCUACUCCAGCUCCCUUAGGCCUGUCUGCCAGCCUGAUUACUGCUGCUCUGUAGCCAUGACCCAACAGUCAGACAAGCUCUUAAUUACCCUCCUCCAGGCAACACGGCACUGGAUUAGCGCUCCGGCUACAAAUCCUCAACUUCCCAGGUGGAAAAGGAACAUUUUAUUGUGCUGGGAACCUGAAUAAGUACUGGCUCAAACAUGAACUGUCUUCACCAUAUUCAGAAGGGGGCUUAAUACAGAUGCCUAAUUUAUAGCGUCCCUCCUCCGUCAAGCAGUUUUAGCUAUUCAAAUACAUUGGCUGCAUUAGCAUUUCAAUGUCUGAUAUUUGCUUAUUCUGAAAGGCAUUUACUUCUUUGUGUUUAUCAGGGUUUAGUCUCUAAAGAGUUUUUUUUAACAAAUUUUGUCGAGGAAUGCAAAUAAAUGACAAGGUGGUCAUUUAUUGCCUGGUCCUAGUCGCUCUUGAGAAGGUGGUGGUGAACUGUCAUCUUGAACAGCUGUAAUCCAUGCGCUAUAGAUUGACCCACUGUACCCUAAGCAAGGCAAUUCCAGGCUUUUGAUCCAGUGACACUGAAGGGAUGGUGCCACAUUUCCAGUUCAGGAUGGUGAGUGGUUUGGACGGGAUCUUGAAGGUGGUGGUGUUCCCACGUAUCUGCUUACCUUGUCCUUCUAGAUGGAGGUGGUCAUGGGUUUGAAAGGUGCUUUUCACGUCGAGAGUUUUUUUUUAAUAUUCCUACAUGUGUGGAAAAGGCCCUUCAGCCCAACAAACCCGCACUGACCCUCAGAGCAUCCCACCCAGACCCAUGCCCCUAAUCUACACAUCCCUGAACACUACCGGCAAUUUAGCAUGGCCAAUCCAUUUGACCUGCUCAUCCUUGGACUGCGGGAGGAAACCCAUGCAGACAUUGGAAGAACGUGCAAACUCCGCACAGCCACCUGAGGGUGGAAUCAAAUCUGGGUCCCGGGCGCUGUGAGGCAGCAGUGCGAACCACUGAGCCACCGCGCUGCCCUAAAAAUCUAGCAAUAAUACCUCUGAGCUAUCACUGGCCAAGGCUAUUUGAAAAAAAAUCGAGAAUGUGAGGAAAGAACAGGAGAACUAGAUGAAUUGUGUCUUUCUUUAAGUUACAGCUCCAGCACAACAGGGGGAACAGUGUCCCUCUGUUCUGUGAAACUGCAUAGCCCAAAAUUUGUGACUGGUGCAGGCAGUGGGAUGGGGGAGCGUGCACACUGACAGUCAAAUGGAACUUCAUUGAUAAUCCAGUCAGAGCAAGGUCAAUUUUAAAACAAAAACAUUGACACUUCCCUUUCAGGUCACUGUCUCUUGCAGGCGCCUCGACUGGGGGAUUCAUUCUGGUGAGAUUCAGGCUGAUCGCAUCUUAUCGCUGAGGGCAAUUGGGGCAAAUUUUGUAAAAGGAGCCCCAAGUGGGCACAAGCUUACAUAUUUGUGCGUGACAGAGGAAAGUUGUGUGACCUGGUGGCCGCACAGAGAGACAGGACACCAAAAACAUUUUGGGUUUUUAAUUGGCCUGUUUUCUGCCUUGUACAAUGGUGUUAAAACCCUCUUUUUCUCUGACUGUUAACAGAAAUAUCAUCCACUGAAAGUGAGAGGUUUUUGUUUUGUUGGCGUGUUAAUUUGCUUGUAAAUUCUAUGUCCCAGUAAGAUUUUGCUUGGGGGCGGGGUGUGGUUGCGGGAGGUUCCUUGGAGGGGAUGAAGUGCGUUUUUUUUUGCAAGAGAUUAUCAACUCAAUGUGUUUUCGGAUUGAGCCUCGAGAGUUGGGUGUGUGUGCGUUCAGUUUGUUUUGGUGUUUAAAACAUAAACAGUCCUUUUGACGUUAUAUCUCCUAUGCAGUUGAU